GAGCUCGGGCCUGCGCCUGCACUAUGUCUCAGCUGGACGCGGCAACGGGCCCCUCAUGCUUUUUCUGCACGGCUUUCCCCAGAACUGGUUCUCCUGGCGCUACCAGCUCCGGGAGUUCCAGAGCCGCUUUCACGUGGUGGCUGUGGACAUGCGUGGCUACGGCUCCUCCGAUGCACCAACGGAUGUGGACUCCUACACUGUCGACCUGCUGACGGCGGACAUCCAGGAUGUCAUCCUGGGCCUGGGUUACUCCAAGUGCAUCCUGGUGGCCCAUGACUGGGGUGCACUGCUAGCCUGGAAUUUCUCCAUCUACUACCCGUCCCUGGUUGAGCGGAUGGUGGUGGUCAGUGCUGCCCCCAUGUCGGUGUACCAAGAUUACUCAAUGCGCCACAUUGGCCAGUUCUUUCGUUCCAACUAUGUGUUCCUGUUCCAGCUUCCCUGGCUGCCCGAGAGGUUGUUGUCCAUGUCUGACUUCCAGAUCCUGAAGACCACCCUCACCCACCAUAAGAGGGGCAUCCCACGCUUGAACCCCAAUGAGCUUGAGGCCUUCCUUUAUGACUUCUCACAGCCCGGUGGCCUCAUUGGGCCCCUCAAUUACUACCGAAACAUCUUCAGGAACUUCCCCCUGGAGCCCCAGGAGCUGGCCACGCCCACCCUGCUGCUGUGGGGGGAGAAGGACAGCUACUUCGAGCACGGGCUGGUCGGGGCCAUCAGCAGGCGCUUCGUGCCCGGCCGGCUGGAGGCCCACAUCCUGCCAGGCGCGGGCCACUGGAUCCCACAGAGCCACCCUGAGGAAAUGCACCAAUACAUGUGGGCCUUCUUACAAGACCUGCUGCACUAGUGGCCCUUGCUCACUGGCCUGCGUGCCCCUGGGAGACCGCACCGUGUGCAUACCCAGGUGCUCUCUUGGACCGUGCAUAGGGUGGAACUCCUAGAUUGCACACACGAGCAUCUGUGGGUGUCCUAGAGCACACCAGCCCGUAUACUCACAGGCAUGAGUGUGACCUGUGAGCAAGCACUUUGACUCCAGGAAACCAGGGCUGCCUCUGGUGGAGCUAAAUGCGAUGUUCUCUCUCCCUUCCCUGGAGCCCCAGUUUUCUUGCCAGAAUCAGCACCCUGAAACCCCGAAAGUGAACUUUUACUUUCCUGUCCCUGGCUUCUAUCUCCAUCCAGUCUGGGUUUUCAGCUAAAUGCUGUUUGUCCAAUACAUACAGUACUGGUAGUCACAUCUGGCUACUUUGAUUUAAUUGCAAAUUAAUUAAAAUUUAAAUACAAUUAAAAAU